AUGAAUUCGCAGCAUUUGUCCAGUAUGGAAGCAAAAAAUCAGGAGCCUGGCAUUGAUUACCAGUACAAGUCACUUAAAGACGACACAUCAAUCCGACUGCUGUACCUGCAUCCAGACUCAUUGAACCAGCUGCCCAUUAAGGCCUCCCUCCUAGAAUACCCUGUUAAUGCCUGUCCGAAUUUUGGAGCCCUGUCUUAUACAUGGGCAACAGAAGACGGGGUGGCUACUCUGUCCCGAGAAUUGCUCUGUGACGGGGCUUCUCUCAAGAUAACACAAAACUGCGAGGCCGCAUUGAAGAGACUGCGACGGCCGAGGGAAGACCAAGUGCUCUGGGUCGAUGCAGUCUGUAUUGAUCAAUCCAACCUCGAGGAAAGGAGUCUCCAGAUUGGCUUAAUGCGUCAGAUCUAUAGCCAGGCAUCUUGGGUAGCGCUGUGGGUUGGCGAAUCAUCGUCAACCGUCGAUGAAGAGUCUGGUUUACCGCUCUCGGAUCUAGGUAUGGAUUAUAUUCACGAUUUUGCAGUUGAGAUUGCAGAAAGAAUGAAUUCGGGUCGUAAUGUUAGUGAGGGGCCGCUUUAUCAAGAGUUCAUCAAAGAUCGACAGGCAUUCCAGCACUCUAACAGCAAAGUCUUCACGCCCCGUGUUCGCGGCCUAUGGGACGUAUUCCAUAGGAAGUGGUGGGGCAGGCUAUGGGUUAUCCAAGAGGUUGCCCUAUCCAAAGAGCCGACAUUGAUUUGCGGAAGCAAAGCAGAGACCUUUCACAACCUCAAGAUUGUCAUUGAGGCUCUCAUCAGGCAGGAGCAGCCUGUUGAGGUGAUGGAGUUUAAUACCAACUUCAUCGCAUCCACAUUCCAUCAAUUUCACAUACGACAUAUGAUUGAAACUGGUGGAAUGGGAAAGAUAUCGCCUCCUGGGAUCAAGGCGCUUCGAAUUCUAAACGCCACCCGCAAUGCGAAAGCUUCGGAUCCACGGGACAAGAUAUAUGGCAUCCUUGGAUUCUUCGGCCCAUCGGGAACGGAUCCUGAGAACAUCUUCCCAGAACCGGACUACAAAAAGACGCCUGCAGAGCUAUAUGCAGAUGUUUCACGAGCCAUAAUUACCAACACUGGAAAUUUGGACGCUCUGAGCUCGUGUUACGGCUUCUUCAGGUCGAGCAUUCCUGACCUUCCUUCAUGGGCGGUGUCUUGGAACGAUACUCCGCUAAAAUAUUUUGACGAUGAAAUUUUCAACGCAGCAGGCGCUUCUUCUGUCAUUUAUGAAGAUUCCAAUGACAAACUGCACUUGCGGAUAAAAGGCAGCAGGGUUGAUUCUCUGAAGCUCACGGGCGUGUUACCGGAUUCUAUAGGGUAUAGUAACGAAGCAUGCAUAGAGAUAUGGCGAUAUUGGUGGAAAUUUACGUCUACCUUGGAAUCCUACCCUACUAAAGACACCGUUUCAGACGCAUUUCAAGAUACGCUUUGCUGGGGUUCGGAUCUAAAUUAUCACCGCCUGGGGCUUGCAGAAUACAAGGAGACCUUUAAUGCCUGGCUCAAAGUCUUGACAGGGCCUGAUGAUACUGCUACUACUGCCAACCAUAUUUUCAACGGCAAAGAGCCAUUCAAGUAUGCCCACAGAGCCAGUUCAAUCACCUGGGGGCGUAAUAUGGGUAUAACCGACAAAGGCUAUCUAGCUUUGGUACCGAUAACGACCAAAAGCGGUGAUGAAAUUGUGCUAUUCCAAGGAGCGAAAUUGCCUUUUGUCGUACGAACUGAGGACGGCAAAUCCAAGCUUGGGGGGCCUUGCUACAUACGGGGCAUGAUGGACGGAGAGCUUGCUAUUCAUGGGGAUGCAAAAGCGGUGGAUGAACUCGAAUGGUUCACGUUAUGGUGA